UUGCGGAAGUGACGUAGGGUUUGCUUCGUGGACUCGCCGAUUAGUGUUAUUUUCGAUGUACAAACUUUCCUAAUAAAUAACUGAUCGCAGAUUAAGGAGGGAUUAUACACGACACUCGACCACAUUUUAAGGUCCCCUUGGAACUCCUCAUCUUUACCCACUACUGUAUGACUUGGUUAUGUCAAGUCAUUUUCAAUGAUAGCAAGGCGCCGCCGCACCAACUCCGGAUCUGACAAUCACCAAUCUGGGAGUGACCGGAGUGGCUACUCAUCUCGCAGCAACAUUGUGCAAGACAAACAACAGUCCCCUCGUCAACCUUCAAAAUUCCAACACGAUCCAGACAUGACAUGCCGAGAUCGAACCACAGAGUUUAUGUCAGCUGUCAAGUCACAACAGUCCAGACAGUCCAAUGGAAUCAGUCCCUCUCACAGGAACAGAGACUUGAGACAGAGGAGUCAGUUCACACAAAUAGCAAAGAGAAUUGGCCGGGAUUUGGCAAACACUUUUGCAAAAUUGGAAAAAUUGACAAUAUUGGCCAAACGAAAGUCAUUAUUUGACGACAAGCCGGUGGAGAUCCAGGAGCUGACGUACAUCAUCAAGCAGGACAUCAACAGCCUCAACAAGCAGAUAGCACAGCUCCAGGAGCUGGUGAGGUCUCAGAAAAGUCAAAAUGGAAAACACUUACAAUCUCAUUCCAACUCUGUUGUGGUGGCACUGCAGUCCAAACUUGCAAGUAUGUCCAAUGACUUCAAGCAAGUACUGGAAGUACGAACAGAGAAUUUGAAACAUCAGAAAUCAAGACGAGAACAGUUUUCCGAGUCUGGUGUGUCUUCGUCGCUCCCUCCCUCAGCUCUCAAGGGCCACAAUGGAUCAGUGUUGUUGCAAGAUGAGGCCAACAGUGGGGAUGUGGCCAUCAACAUGGACGGCAUGUCCAACCAGCAGUAUCAGAAUCAGCUACAGCUCAUUGACGAGCAGGAUUCUUACAUCCAAAGUCGGGCUGAAACCAUGCAGAACAUUGAGUCUACAAUAGUGGAACUUGGAUCUAUAUUCACCCAACUAGCUCACAUGGUCAAGGAACAAGAAGAAAUGGUUACAAGGAUCGACUCCAAUAUUGAGGAUACCCAAAUGAACAUUGAGGCAGCUCACAGUGAAAUAUUGAAAUACUUCCAGUCCGUCACCUCAAACCGUUGGCUCAUGAUUAAGAUUUUUGCAGUUUUAAUUGUAUUCUUCAUUAUAUUUGUUGUUUUUAUGGCUUAGGUAAAUCAACUCCGCGAUUUCAUAUCCCAGUGAUGUAUUGACUGCAGAGUGAACACAAAUCAUGAUCCAGCUCAAAACUUUUGUGAAGGGAGAUAACUCUUCAUUCUAUCAUUGUCUCACCUAGGUGCUGGUCAUUAAUGGUAAACAAUGGGACAGUAGGAUGCCCUUGUCAAGUUUGGUUUCUAGAUCACAUUCAGAUAAAUACAUGGAACAUGAAUCUUUCUGUACUUUGAUGUUUUUGCAAUAAAACAAAUUCUAUAUUCAGUGAUGAUAUCCACAAUACUGUGAUAAUCAUUUUCUCAAUAUCUCUACUGAUUGAAUGAACAACUUUAAGCCAGAAUAAUUCGAUCAUUUGUUUCACAGACAUACUUGGAGAGUAAUAGUCAUUGAGUGGAGGAUAUUUCUGUUAUAUUAAUGUUGACAGUGAAAGAUAAUUUCCAUUUGUCCUUAAUAAUUUUAACUUAUCCUGACUCAUAUUAAUCACUCUAGCGUAUGAUUCAGGAUUCGUUAUAUAUGAUUUUUUUUAUCUCCACAAAUACAUCAUCUAUAAGGUGGAACAAUUCACACAAUGUAAGAAUUAACUCCAGCGUAAGGGCAGGGUGAGCUGUGGUGACAUUUACAGUAUUUCAGAUGCAUUCUUCUCCACAGGUUUGUAUGGACAGUAGACAAAAUGGGGCGGUGGGGUAGCCUGGUGGUUAAGGCACUGGUUCGUCACGCUGAAGGCCCAGGUUCGAUUCCACACAUGGGUACAAUGUGUGAAGUCCAUUUCUGGUGUCCACCACUGUGAUAUUGCUGGAAUAUUUCCAAAAGCGGCGUAAAACUAUAUUCACUCACUUGUAAACAUCCUGGUUCCGACACCUCAACACUGUGUCUCACCUUCACCUUGUACCAUGGGGAUCUUGUAGAGCAUCAAAAGCUGUACAUAUUUGCUGGGGACUUCACUAUAAUUGUUCAUAUGUACAUACCUGUAUUUAUAUUUUUGAAUGGGGAAACUUGCAUGUUGUACUUUCACAGACCAAGAACCUAUUUUCUUCCUUUGAACAUAUUGUUGAUCUGACUCCAUGCAUUCUGAAGCGUGGUCUUGCUUAGUCAAACACUGGUGUGUCGAACUUUGAUGUGUUGAACUGACGAUUGUCUUGAAGUUAAAGAUGGGUCCCUGCAUAUUCUGUAUUUAGACAUCAUUUUGCAGUUGUGUUGAACCCUUGGUAACUCGAAGUACUUACUUAGGUCCUUUCAACCCCUGAUAACUUGAAGUACUUACGUAGGUCCUUUCAACCAUUGGUAACUUGAAGUACUUACGUAGGUCCUUUCAACCCCUGGUAACUCGAAGUACUUACGUAGGUCCUUUCAACCCCUGAUAACUUGAAGUACUUACGUAGGUCCUUUCAACCAUUGGUAACUUGAAGUACUUACGUAGGUCCUUUCAACCCCUGGUAACUGGAAGUACUUACGUAGGUCCUUUCAACCCCUGGUAACUCGUACUUACGUAGGUCCUUUGCACUUUGACACCACAGUGUUUGACUGUAUUGUUUACAGAGUAAUGUGAUGUUUGAUUUAAAUCACUGAACAAUGAGUACUAUAACUAAAAACAAGAAAAGGAAAAUAACAUAACUGUAUAGAAUUAUCAAUGUGUGGGGACGAGAAUUUUCCUGGAAUUUGUCACAUCAAGGGUAACUUUUGUGAUACUUGCAAUUAAGCAUGUAAGAUAUGUAGUUCCUCUGAACCCUUGCUAACUUUCAGUAUUUUCUCGAAUUUAGAUUCCAAGACAAUCAUUUGCAGUGAUGUAAUGUUGCUACAACUGUAUUAGUGAGGUCAUUCAUACUGUAUUGUCAUUUGUUAAAUAUAAACUGACAAUUAAAACUCAAGGUAAUGAGAUGUAAGAGUCCCAGAUUAUUGGUUGUAAAGUGGGUGUUAAACUGUACUUGUGAGAUAUGGGAGUAGAACAUUGUAUGUAAGAUGAAUUGGAUGUUAAUCAGGGCUCGAUUUGAGGAAGUCUAUUUAACUUGCACCAGUGAAAACCUAGUUGCACAAGACAAGUCCAGGUUGCACCCUGGUUCUAUAAAUACAGUAGAAUACUUUUAUAGCGAACACGGAUAUAACGAACUGACGGCUAUAGCAAACUGUUUUAAAAGUCCCGAAAAAAACUCAUAGUAUCACAUAAAAAAGUGAAUAGCGAACUACGGAUAUAACAAACUAAUUUCCGUGGUCCCUUGGAGUUUGUUAUAAAGGUAUUUUACUGUAUAUCUGGAUAAAUGUAAUCUGAGGUCAUGGAUGACUGUGUCAUGGUUUACUUCAGCUACCUAUGUGGCAAUGUCAUCAAUAUCAACUGUCAUGCAAUACAGAAUAAUUACCAUUAGUUAGAUAAUCUAAAUAUAACGAGAUACAGUAGUUAUUCUUCAGUUAUAGUUGAAACUAUAGCACUGACCAUUAUCUUGAACUUCCCACAGUGUGAUGAAGUCAUGCCCAAAAAUUGCAUGACAAAUGAAACAUAAUUGUGAUGCAUUUUUGAAAAUAUUCCUGAGGUAUUGAAUGGGCAUUGUAGAAACAUUAGGAUUAAGGCAUGACUCAGUUUGAAAUUUCUGCCGUGCAUGUAGACAUAAAUAUAUUAGGUUGCAUUUUCAAUAUUAGGUUGCACUGGUGCAUGUUUUAUAUUGUUAAAUCGAGCCCAGUAUAAUGCAAGUCAAAUGUGAUUAUAAUGUUUUACCAUUUAUAGCUGUAAAUAUAUUUGUGUGGUAACUUUGUACAGAUUGCAUGUGUUGAGACAGGUGGAAACAUGUAACUCUCGACAUAAAUAAACUCAGAAUCCGGCA